UUUCUUCAAACAUAAUGCGUUUACUGACCUAGUAACAAUUUAUUAACCAACAAAGGUUUCAAAAUGAUCUCAAUACCCGCCAAUUGUACAAAAAACGUCAAAACGGCGAUGACAUUGACACUGACGUCCAGUGACACAUUACCACCCAGAAAAACACCCAAAGGUCAACACCCAACCGGAAGAUUUCGCAACCCAAACCGCGAAGAAAGUGAAGAGAUGAUGGACAACACGUUACAUUACGCCAGAGAUCUUCACCGGGGGCCACCAAAGCCACCUUCCACCAUCUUAAAUGGCCAAAAAUUCAAACCACUCUCAGUCUUCGCCGGAACAUCUUCAAGACCAGUGAGAGUUCGUGCUUCCACUGACAUUAACUUGUAAAAGUUAGGCAACGUUAGGCGAAAUUGAGCCAUGAAGACGCUGCUGGUUCUAGUAGCGCUAGUAGCCUCCACCACGUGCCAACUGCGCUUCUCCAUCUCCUUGGAGAAUCUCCUCCAGGAGGAAUGGAUGGCCUUCAAGCUCACGUAUAACAAAAGCUACCGCUCCCCGGAAGAAGAAACCUUCCGCAGGGAAGUCUUCAUCGAAAACCGUCACAAAAUCGCCAGAUUUAACCAGGAGUACGGUCGGGGUCAGUGGAGUUUCGUCCAACAGUUGAACAACUUCGCCGACAUGCUCAACCACGAGUUCCACCGGGCCCUGAACGGGUUCAACAUAACUUUAAGGUCCAGGGUGGCUAUUCCCACCCCCACUACUUUCAUCCCCAGCGCCAACGUGAUCUUCCCGGACUAUGUCGACUGGAGGGAAGCUGGGGCUGUAACCCGGGUCAAAAACCAGGGGUUGUGUGCGUCGUGUUGGGCCUUCAGCGCGGCUGGCGCCCUCGAGGGCCACACUUUCCGCAAAACCGGCCGCCUCCCCGAGCUCAGCCCCCAAAACCUCAUGGACUGCAGCAAAUCCUUCGGGACCGACAGCUGUCAAGGCGGCCUCAUGGACCCCGCAUUCGAAUACGUCCGAACCAACCCUGGAAUCGACAUCGAAAGCGCCUACCCCUACGAAGCCAGGGACGGACCGUGUAGAUUCCUACCAGAAGCGGUGGGCGCACAAUGCACAGGAUACGUCGACAUAGCUCCAGGGGACGAAAAGGGUCUGGAAGCGGCCGUGGCCACCAUCGGUCCCGUUUCGGCCGCCAUGGACGCGGGACGGGAGACCUUCCAGUUUUACUCGGAUGGGAUAUACUACGACCCACAGUGCGGGAACAGCGAGGAGGCGGUCAACCAUGCGGUGUUGGUGGUGGGGUAUGGGACGGAACCCAUCGACUGGAGAGGCAACGCCGUCACCGAAGUCAAGAACCAGGGACAAUGCGGAUCCUGCUGGAGUUUCAGCACCACUGGCUCCGUGGAAGGUCAACUCGCCAUCAAUCGCGGACAACUCAUCUCUCUCAGUGAACAGAACUUGAUUGACUGUUCUACUGGAUAUGGUAAUGCCGCUUGCGACGGUGGUUGGAUGGACAGCGCCUUCAACUACAUCUACGACUAUGGUAUCAUGAGCGAAAGCGCCUACCCCUAUGAAGCCCAACUUGACAACUGCAGAUACGACGCUUCUCAGUCUGUCACCAGCAUCAAUGGAUACUACGAUCUGCCCGCUGGAGACGAAAACUCCCUUGCCAACGCUGUCUCCAACAAUGGUCCCGUUUCUGUGGCUAUUGACGCCACCGAUGAGCUCCAGUUCUACAGCCAGGGCAUCAUCUACGACACCACUUGCAACGAAAGAGACCUCAACCAUGGUGUCCUCGUCGUAGGAUAUGGUUCCGAAGGUGGUUACGACUACUGGAUCGUCAAGAACUCCUGGGGAGGUAGCUGGGGAGAAGGUGGUUUCUACAGAACCGUCCGUAACUACAACAACAACUGUGGUAUCGCAUCUGCUGCUUCAUACCCAUCUUUGUAAGCAAAUUUCCCAGAACCUUACGAUGUAAACAAUAGCACAAUAAAAUUUUGAAAUUUU